GAACAUUUCUUUAUUUCCCCGCUUGACGGCUACCUCGGACUUCUCUCGUAAUCCCUCCUGACGGCAAACUCCGUGCAGAGACAGAUCAACGCGCCCCAAGUUAAGAAUACUGACGCGCAUCCUUCAACUGAGUCGUUUUCAAUCCAUGGGUCGUUCCCGGGGCGGAUGUUCCAACUGCAAGCGACGGAAACGCAAAUGUGACGAAACGCGUCCAGACUGCUGGGCUUGCCAGAGAAGAGGCAUUCAGUGCGAAGGCUACAGCACCGCACUCAAAUGGACCAACGGAAUAGCCUCGAGGGGCAGGUUCGCCGGAGCAGCAACCCCUGCUGCCGGGAGUUCAGGCGCAGACCCGCCAAAAUCCUCUGCCGAUCUGUCGAUCGUCGAACACUCACAACCCUGCAACAGCUCGUCCUCCACGUCUUCUAGUAACAAAAGUGUUAUGCUAUACGGCUUCGUCUCAAACCCCGACAGGCCGAGAUCACAACCAGAUGCAUCUUCCUUAGCAACCUCACCUGCUGGUGGCACCAGUGAUCCGAGCAAGCAGCUAUUCCAAAGGUCGUCAGGGUUAUUGUCGAACGUGUCAUUCACUAAUCUAUCCAUGGCAAAAGUUCUCUCCACUGGAAUCCAUCGCUUGUAUACCACCGAGAGCCAAAAUUGGGUGAGAGCCCAUUUUGUGGCCAUGGCGCAGAAGAGCCAAGCCUUCACUACCGUCUGCGAAGCUCUCCAAGCAUAUUUAGAGGACGGGUUCUCAGUACCAUCGAUGGAGCGCGUCGACCACGCACUCCAGACAUUCCGAUCAGAGUUAGAAACCCGACAAAAUUCUUUCGAUGCAUCUACCGUAUCGGCUGGUCUACUUCUGUGUAGCCUUUGUCUACUCCAAGCCCGACCUUGGACAAGGUAUCUUCAGCUCAUGGCUGGUCUUUACCAUUUAGAGACGGGAAUCGAAAGUCUAUUGCCUGCAGCCGACCAUGACUUCACCAUCCGGCAUUCCAUCGAGGUUCUCUCCAUUAUGGACAUGAAGCCCAUGGUUCUGGGACGAAUGACUAAGAGCAUGGGCGUUUGGCGUUGCCUUCGCAAUGUGCAAGAUGGAUGGAAGGGGGGACGAGUUGGCGGCGUCGAGGUCGUAUCGGGGUUGCCAAGGAGUCUCCUCGACAUUCUUGCUGACAUUGGGGAUGAUGACGCAAGUGACGUCGAGGCUCGGCUAUGGGCCUGGCCCGGAGAAGUUGGUGUGCAUGCACAAUGCAUUCUUUGGGAUUGUUGGAGGUACACAGCAGUCUUGGAUGUGAGAAGACUUGAGAGAAACAAACGAAAGACGAACACAGCCAUGGACACAGUUCAACGGGAGGUUGAUCUUGCCGUUGCAGCACCGUUCCCUUCAAGAGAUGUCGUUCUAUGCCGCCUAGCGGCAUCAGUAUACGCGUUAAAUCGGGCACUCAAAUUGCCCGAAAACGACAAACUUCUGGUUCUGAACGGGCUCAUGUACCCGUUGGUGAUUGGCAGCCUAGAGGUUCCUCUCCUGGCUACACACUCAGACUGGAAGAAGAUCUUUGCCGACGUUCGGGAAUCGUUCUUGAACAAGGACUCUUUUCACCUCAUGAAGGUGGUUGACGAGGUUUUGAAUGAGGCAUGGAGGGAGGGGACUGACACUUUUGAUAUAGAAGCAGCAGCUCGAAUGCGAGGUGUUGAGAUUGCUGUCUUCUGAGUGGUUUAAGACAUGGACGAUAGCGAAUUGAACAAUGUCUAGCAGGUCACCGGUCGCUAAGGGCGAGGAUUAGUGCGGGCAAACACUCUGUCACGCAUAGACCAGGCCUAUCUCUAAGCCUUUAUUCGUAUGACGGGUCGAGAUACAGAGCACAACUCUUAAAGAGCGAUAUGAAUCUGAUGACACGACGAACGCUGAUGGUGAGGACAGGCAUAGCGUCAGUAUGUAAUGCAUUCUUUUCCAGCUUCUUACAC